GAUGAUUUCACUCUUCCGGCAUCGAAAAAGACAACUUUUGCUUCUCAACUUUGGCAAUCAUUAUGUCACAUCAGACAGGGAUUCAGGCUAGUGAUGAUUUGAAAUCAUUUUUCUCAACUUGCAAAGACGGCAGUGUUAGAGCUGUGAAGGUUUCCAUUAUUGAUGAACAAUUAGAGUUGGCAGGAAGUCAAAAUCCAGUUGGCACAUGGGAAGAUGAUUAUGACAAAACAGUCCUCCCAAUGUUGGAAGAGAAACAGCCAUGCUAUAUCAUAUACAGACUGGACUCAAAGAACAACCUUGGAUAUCAAUGGAUCUUCAUUUCAUGGUCUCCAGAUUUCUCACCAGUCAGACAGAAGAUGUUGUUUGCAGCAACUCGUGCCACACUGAAAACAGAGUUUGGGACUGGUUUAAUCAAAGAUGAGAUGUUUGGCACUGCAAAAGAAGAUGUGAAUUUACGGGGCUAUAAAAAGCACUUGGCCUCCCAUGAUGCACCUGCACCUUUGACCUUUGCAGAAGAAGAGAAGAAGUUGAUCAAACAGAAUGAUGUCAACACCGUGAGUGUACAUGAUAAACAUCAACAUAUGACUGGUGUUUCGUUCCCUGUCUCUGAAGAAGCUUUACAAAAGUUAGAGGAACUUAGAGAUGGUAAAAUCACAUAUGUACAACUGAGUUUGGAUAUACCAACAGAGACAAUUAACCUUGAGAUGGCAGACAACACAGAUAUCAAAUCCCUGGCCUCCAGAGUCCCAGACGAUAGUGCCAGAUAUCAUGUCUUCACGUUCAAACACACACACGAAGGAGAUUACACAGAAAGCAUAGUCUUCAUCUAUUCUAUGCCUGGAUAUAAAUGUUCUAUAAAGGAGAGAAUGCUAUACUCUAGUUGUAAAUCUCCACUGAUUUCCAGGAUAGAGGCCUUGGGAAUAGAGAUAACCAAAAAGUUGGAAGUAGAUGAUCCAAAAGAACUUUCAGAAGAAAAUGUUUAUGAUGAGAUUCACCCAAAGAAGAAUGUAGCCACAAAGAAAUUUGACAAACCCAAAGGCCCUGCAGGCAGGGGUCCCCGUCGCAUGGCCAAGACAUGAACAAACACAAUAAUAAUAUGUUACUCUUCUGGUGCUACUGUUAAAUCAUUGAUGCUUAAAGUCAGUGAUUUGCUGUAGUGAACUUUAUGAAUAAUGAAUAUGUACAUCAAAGGAAAAAUCAUAUAAGAUAGGGCAUCUGAUGUGCAUUUAUCAUAAGGAUAAAUUAUUAUUGUAAAAAAUUUGAUCAUUUAAAUAGAAAUUUAAAAAAAGAAUGUCUAAAAAAUUUAAUAUGUACAUGGAUAAUUAUUUUCCAAAAAACUUACUUUUUCAAUGAUGAUUCUAGGUUGUUGACUUAUAAAUAAAAAAAGAUUGAUCUGUGGAUGACAACCCUUCUAUAUCUUUAUCAAAAUUGUCUCAAAAUAUUUUUAUAUGUGUGUUGUUUUUCAAAUGUUGUUUUUAUUUGGAACUUCUUUCUUAGAAUUAUGUAUAGGAAAGCAAUCACUGGAUUAAUUCUAGUAUUAUUUCUGAAGUGAACUUAACUCAUAUAAAAGCAUAUCAGUCAAGCAUAAAGAGAUUAUUCAAGUAAAACCAGAAGACAUAUUGCAUUUGAUUUAAGCAUUUUUCUUUUCUAAAAAUGCAUCGAAAAUCCCCAAUAUGAAGAUGUUUGCUAAUUUCAUUUCCAUGUUAUCGUAAUGAAACAUGUUAGAGGUUAUCUACAGAUCACUAGUUUGUUUACAUUGCCAUCUUGUUUUAUACCUCAAUAACAUUGUAAUGCACACAUCAUUUUUUAGCGAUUUGAAUUCUUAAGCUUUGUUUUUCGAUUGUUAUCUUGUUAAAUAUGACUAUCAGGGGACAGUUUUUUGUAGUGUACUGUUGUUUAUUUUUUAAGUAGUAUAGCUCAAUGUGUUAGUCAUUCCAUUUCCCCUUAAGAUUGCAUUUCCAAUAAAUAUACUACUUACAUGUACAAGAUGUAAUUAAUGCUUUACUGACAGUGCAAGGCCUAACUAAAGGAGAUUCUCUAUAUUUUAACAUAAUUUAUGUUUCAUCUCAAAAAAUUUGGUAUUUUUGCAGUAUUUUUUUUAGAUGAACAGUUUAACUAGUGUAAUUUUUUAAAAAGAUGUUAAAGAUGUAUAUCUAAACAUAAAAAUAAGUAUACUUUCAGUUCCACGAUAUGUUAGUUUUCUUUUAACUUCAUAAUAUUAAUUAUAUAGUACAUGUACAUCCUAACCAGUUUUAACAUUGAUGGGCUUUAAAAAGAGGUAUAAACACACAAUAUUGUAGUGAAAUUAAUGUGUCACUCUUUUAGUUCUCCAUUCCUUAUGUCUGUUUUGUGUUGACCUAUAAUUCUAGUUUAUUGUGAUAUGAAGAUAGACUGUGAUUUGUAAUGAAGUAAAGUGACAGUGAAGGCAUGCUGUAGCAUCAUUAGUUAAGUUUGACAUAAUUAAUUCAUUAGAACAUUUAUUAAACUUUCAUACAUGUACCACUAUAAAGAGGAAUGAAAUACUUUUUAUUAUUAAAACUGUUUUUUUUUUCAACACAAUUUUUUUGUGUUGUUUUAUAAAGAUACAUGUAUUUAUUCAGUAAACUCACCCAGUGCUAAUCAAUACCACUCUAGCUGCCUAUGAAAAUACCAGUAAAUGAGAUAUGCAUCA